UGUCACCGUAUUCCGCCGACGCCGCAUCCCCACACGGGCCGGGACCCCAGGGUCGGUGCCAUGGCCCCUCUAGGAAGGAAGCGUAAGGCCGCGACCGCGCAGGGCGAGCCGGCGGACAAGCGCGGGAAAGUGGCGGAGGGCGCCGCCGUGGUCAUUGAGCACUGCACUAGCUGACGCGUGUAUGGCCGCCACGCUGCUGCCCUGAGCCAGGCUUUGCAGCUGGAGGCCCCAGAGCUGCCUGUGCAGGUGAACCCGUCCAAGCCGAGGAGGGGCAGCUUCGAGGUGACGCUGCUACGCCCGGACAACAGCCGUGCCGAACUCUGGACUGGUAUUAAGAAGGGCCCACCGCGAAAGCUCAAAUUUCCUGAGCCACAAGAGGUGGUUAAAGAAUUGAAGAAGUACCUUUCCUAAGGCCGCUGGGCAGGAGUCCCCACGCUGAGCUUUCAGUCCCUGGAGAUGCUGAAGCAUUUAUGAUGGUGCAUAGGCAAACUUAAGCUAUGUGCCUGAAGCCACGGCUUUCCUCACCAGACGUGAUGGCUCAGUAGGGAGGCACCCUCCGGCAAGGCACCGUAAAAGUAUUUUGAUUGGUUUAAUAAAAGUUAAGGUUUGUGAAA